AUGACUCACAAACCAGUUUUGAUGGUGACCCAAUAUACAUAUAUAUACCUUCGUCAAGUAGGACACAAGAGUUGGAGUACCAGGCACGAUCAUGGCGUAGUUUAUAGUAACGAGAGCGGGAGUAGUGACCACGAGAGCGGGAGUAGUGACCACGAGAGCGGGAGUAGUGACCACGAGAGCGUGUGUAGUGACCAGGAGAGCGUGUGUAGUGACCACGAGAGCGGGUGUAGUGACCACGAGAGCGGGUGUAGUGACCACGAGAGCGGGUGUAGUGACCACAAGAGCGUGUGUAGUGACCAGGAGAGCGUGUGUAGUGACCACGAGAGCGUGUGUAGUGACCAGGAGAGCGUGUGUAGUGACCACGAGAGCGUGUGUAGUGACCACGAGAGCGGGAGUAGUGACCACGAGAGUAGCGUAUGUAGUGACCACGAGAGCGUGUGUAGUGACCACGAGAGCGGGUGUAGUGACCACGAGAGCGGGUGUAGUGACCACGAGAGCGGGUGUAGUGACCACGAGAGCGGGUGUAGUGACCUCGAGAGCGGGUGUAGUGACCACGAGAGCGGGUGUAGUGACCACGAGAACGGGUGUAGUGACCACGAGAGCGGGUGUAGUGACCACGAGAGCGGAUGUAGUGACCACGAGAGCGGGUGUAGUGACCACGAGAGCGGGUGUAGUGACCACGAGAGCGGGUGUAGUGACCACGAGAGCGGGUGUAGUGACCACGAGAGCGGGUGUAGUGACCACGAGAGCGGGUGUAGUGACCACGAGAGUGUGUGUAGUGACCACGAGAGUGUAUGUAGUGACCACGAGAGCGGGAGUAGUGACCACGAGAGCGGGUGUAGUGACCACGAGAGCGGGUGUAGUGACCACGAGAGCGGGUGUAGUGACCACGAGAGCGGGAGUAGUGACCACGAGAGCGGGUGUAGUGACCACGAGAGCGGGUGUAGUGACCACGAAAGCGGGUGUAGUGACCACGAGAGUGUGUGUAGUGACCACGAGAGUGUGUGUAGUGACCACGAGAGCGGGAGUAGUGACCACGAGAGCGGGUGUAGUGACCACGAGAGCGGGUGUAGUGACCACGAGAGCGGGUGUAGUGACCACGAGAGCGGGUGUAGUGACCACGAGAGCGGGUGUAGUGACCACGAGAGCGGGUGUAGUGACCACGAGAGCGGGUGUAGUGAGGCAACACUUUAG